CUACAAAACAAACAGAUGCGUGUACUGUUCAGUGGAUUUGUCGUCAAAAGUUUAGGAAAACAGGUGGUGAAGCUUGGUUCAAAUUUCCCCGCGGUUUACUACGGAGCUUCCCCGCAUUUGAAUACUACAAACAACUCGGGGCAAUACCGGCGAGAAGUCCGGGAGUCAAUACGGAAGAACAAUCUCGAGUCAAUCUCAUUAUAGGUCGCCUGACUGCUAAAUUUCCAACUUGAACCAUGAGAGUUUGUUCUUUCUAUCAGUUCAAAAAACCGGUCAACUUAGUAACCACCUCAGACGUGCAGCUUGACAUUACGCAGGGGAUCAAUAACAACACUCGGCUCACGAUUUGGAAGUUGCAAGCCACGACAGCUUCUCCAUCACCCCUCAAGUCCUACCGCAAACAACGACGUAAUGGCAUCCCCCAACGACCCCCCAGCGCUUGAGCUGGCCAGCACACUCUCUUCCCUUGUCGCGCAAACAACACAAGAUCCCCGCGCUCAAAUCCGCACAGCAUUGUCCCAGGGCGGCACAAAAAUUCCCAUUCUCGUGGCCCUGGACGAUGACCCAACCGGCACGCAGACCUGCAACGGCAUCCCCGUGCUCGCCGUGUGGGACCCCGCAACUCUGACGGCUGAGUUCCGCCGCACGAGGCCGGGCUCCGGCUUCUUCAUCCUGACCAACAGUCGUGCGCUGCACCCACCGCAGGCCCGCUCCCUGAUCCGCGAGAUCUGCUCGAACCUCAAGGCCGCCGCCGCAGAGGCCAGCGUCAGCUUCGAGGUCGUGCUCAGGGGCGACUCGACGCUGCGGGGCCACUUCCCGCUCGAAUGCGACGUGGCCUCCGAGGUGCUGGGCGAGGCCGACGCGACCCUGCUGUGCCCCUUCUUCCUGCAGGGCGGGCGCUACACGCUGGGCGACGUGCACUACGUCGCGAGCGAGGACGGCAAGACGCUGGUCCCCGCCGCCCAGACGCCGUUCGCGCGGGACGCCACGUUUGGCUACGCCAACUCCGACCUGAGGGAGUACGUGGUGGAGAAGAGCGGCGGCGCCAUACCGCGCGAGCGGGUGGCCAGCCUGCCGCUCGAGGACACGCGGGCCGCGGACGGCGUGGACCGGGUGCUCAAGAGGCUGCUUGCGGUGGACAGGGGCUCCGUGGUGAUCGUCAACGCGGCGGCGGAGGAGGACGUCGACGUGGUGGUGCUGGCACUGCUUCGGGCGGCCGAGGAGCACGGCAAGCGGUACCUGUUCAGGACGGGUGCGGCCUUUGUGUCGUCCCGCCUGGGCAUCUCGCCCAUCCCGCCCAUCUCGGCGCAGCAGCUCAAGUUCACAAAGGACGCCGGCGGCCUGGUCAUCGCCGGCAGCUACGUGCCCAAGACGACGGCUCAGCUCGAGGCGCUGGUGCACAAGAGCGGGGACAGGCUUACUACUGUUGUCCUCGACGUCGAGAAGCUGCUCGAGGAGAAGGAAAAGGGCGUCGUCACGGCCGAGCAGGGAGAAGUGGCGCGGGCGAUUGAGCAGGCGGAGAAGGAAAUCACUCGCGGUCAGGAUGUGCUCGUCAUGACCAGCCGGAAGCUAGUGGUUGGCAAGGACGCGGCCAAGAGUCUGGACAUUGGGUCGACUGUUGCCGCAGCUCUCGUGUCGUUCUUGGUUAAUCUCAAGACGAGGCCGAGAUAUGUUAUUGCCAAGGGAGGCAUCACUUCCUCGGACAUGGCCACCAAAGGUCUCGGGUUCAAACGAGCAGAAAUCGUCGGCCAGGCAGCGGCCGGCGUGCCUUUGUGGCGAUGCGACGAGCCGGAGAGCAAAUGGAGUGGGAUCCCAUACGUGGUCUUCCCGGGCAAUGUCGGCUCAACCGAGACCUUGUUUGAUGUGGUGAAUGGCUGGAGGGUAUCAACUUGACACCGUUCAUCUUGAGGUGACGACGGGGUAGGCCUCCAGAGAGGUCGGUAGGCAUAUAUUAAUUGGGACAAUGAGAGUUGACUGGACUUUUUACUGAGCAAAUUUAUGGUCGUGAGCGAGACAAUUGGCCCCAGACUAAACCCAGCGCGAACACAGGAUUUCAACACAAGACUCCAUGGAACAAGGUUGACCUUCGAAUGGUCACGGAAUGCAUGGAGAAGAAAAGCAAAAAAAGGGGGCACCAAGAACAAUUAGCAGGCCACGAACCAUCGCCAAGAAACCCCAUGGCUCCCUUCUCCGCCUUGACACUCCCCCGUUUGGAGGAUGCAACUAGAAUACUCGGAGAAGGACCCAGGCUCCGGCCGGAAAAGAGUUCCGCGACGGACCCGUUCAAAUUUUGGGUCAGUAUGCUCGUGAUUUCGGGAUUCGGCUCUGGCUGGCGGGCGACAGAAAGAAGAAAGGAGUGCAAGCGAGACGGGUUUGCUGCCCGCUUGUCUGUCUUCUGGACUUGCAAAAGACACAAAAAGCUUUCACUUUUGCCACUAUAUUGCAAUCGUCGGAACUACCGGGUGCAAGCUUGCGUGCAACAAAGUGGGCUUUUUUUGUUGAGGACAAAAAGAGGCUCCCAGAGGCGAGACCACGAGACCCCAGGAGAGCGAAAAAUUUAUACCGCAGUGACGGUAUUGAGAUCGUCUGGGAACCCUUUUGCAGACACGAGACCCCUUUUCCCCUUGAAAAUCUUCCUCGAUCGACCGCGAAAAUGCACGAGACUUGGUUCAAAGUGGGACUGAUCACGUGUAGUUCAUGCUAGCUAGCCAAUGGAAGCCAGCUGCAUUGUCCGAGCUGGCUUGUCGGGUCUGGCCAAGAAAAUCUAUUUGCCAACGGUCAUGGAAUGAAUGAUUUUCCAACGCC